AUGUUAAAAUCUGAAGCGCUUAAAUCAAGCAAAGGAAACUUUGAGGCACUGGUUGCCAUUAAUAAUGCAUGCGUAGAAGACCUACAGUGGUGGGUCGAUAAUAUUGAAAAUGCUUUUAAGCCGGUUGAGAGACCCAAGGCUGAUAUCACCAUCCACACAGAUGCAUUUAAGAUGGGAUGGGGUGCGGUAGUAAAUAAAACUGCAAUCGAAUCCCAAGAACACAUUAAUAGUUUAGAACUUAAAGCUUUGUUCAUGGGUUUAAAAUCAUUCUAUAGAAAUUUGCAACACAAGCAUGUACAAGCCUUUAUGGAUAAUACAACAGCUGUUGCUUAUGUAAAUUCCAUGGGGGGGACAAAGUCCACCCAGGUCAACAAGCUUGCAAAGGAAGUUUGGAAUUGGUGCAUUGAGCAUGGGGUGCACCUUACUGCAACACAUAUCCCAGGGUCUACAAAUGUAGAUGCCGACAAAGAAUCAAGGCAUUUCAAUGACAACACUGAGUGGAUGCUUAGACCAGAUAUAUUCAAACAAUUAGUGGGAAAGUUUGGUUCCCCCAACAUUGAUUUGUUUGCCUCGCGCUUGAAUAGGCAGGUCUCAUGCUUUGCGUCGUGGCGACCUGACCCAGAGGCUACACAUAUUGACGCAUUUAGCAUUGACUGGUCUAAGUUUUUCUUUUAUGCAUUUCCACCAUUCAGUCUAGUUGCACAAUGUCUACAGAAAGUGGAAUGGGAUCAAGCAGAAGGAAUAAUAGUGGUGCCGAAUUGGCCAACACAACCCUGGUUUUCCAAACUGAUGCAGCUGUUAACAGAGACUCCUUGGAUCAUACCGAAGAGCAAAACAACACUGCAGCUACCAUGGGACGUACACAGGGUUCAUCCUCUGCACAGCAAUCUGACGCUUCUUGCUUGUCAGAUAUCCGGGAAUCUUAUGAAGCACAAGGUAUAUCUGCAGCAGCAACAAGUAUUAUUGUCAGCUCCUGGAGACCCAGUUCUGGAAAACUAUACCAAAGCUACAUUAACAGAUGGAAGACAUACUGUGGUAAGAGGCAGAUUGAUUUCAUUCGACCUCCUAUAG